AUGAGCGGAGGGAGCCAGAAAGGAAGUCGUGACCGUUCUUCGGCCUCUCGGAGAAAGGCCAGGAAGGCUCAGACCCCCGACUUCCCUGCAGCCACCUCUUUUUUGAGAGCUUCUUCUGAAACUACGGUUUGCAGAAGGUUUCUGCGGUUUCUUUAGGAUUGGAACUCCCAGGAGCCAGACAAGCCAAGCGAGCCUGCUUCUAACAACAAUGAAGGAGUAAAGGAUCCGUCUAUUGAUACUGCUAAAACCAUCGAAACUCCCGCUAUCACCCCCUCCGCGGAGUCGACCAAGUCGAGCAAGGCUAGGGUUUGCACGAAACCGAGUUCCCUUGAAGUUUCGAGCUUCCAGAAGAAGGCUCCUGAGACCGCUGCCAAUGCCAUGACCGUCGUCGUUCCUAGCAGGUCUGAAGCCUCAAGGAAAGCUAUGGUUUGCCGAACUUCGAGCCUUUCCCUAACCAGAACUUCAGAAGCAGUCAGAAGGGUCGACUAAAGGGGCUAAGGCUACAGUAGAUGCCACUAACACUUCCACCAAAUCUAGCAAGGCUAAGGUUUUUGGAACUUCAGCCUAUCUUUUGAAAUCAGGUUUUUAGAAAAAAGGUAGCGCUGAUCUUAGCCAAGAAGGAUCGAAAAAAGUUGGUAGGGUUACUCCAACGGCCAGUAAAUCUGCGAAAUCAAGGAAAGAGAAGGUCCGUCAAACUUUGGAGCUUAUUAACUAAUCAAAACUUUAAGAAGAAGUCUGGUAGUGGUGAUCCCAGCCGCGAGGGGUCGAUAAAAACGUCUAGAGUUACUCGAAAUGUCGACAAAUCUGCGAAAUCCUGCAAGGUUCCCAAAAACCAGAGAAACUUCUGGAGUUUCCAACUUCAGAGCUCGAAGCGCAAAAGUCGUCCUUCUUCCGAAAAUGGCUCGGAUGAUGGUCUCUCCGAGCCGAAAAACACUCCUACUCAGGAUUUCCCUGUCGCCUCCUCUUAUUUGAGACCUUCUGAAAAAACGGUUUUGGGAAACUUCAAUUUUCUGAAAAUGGAUCUUGCAGGAGGAAAAGAGCGAAUUCCUAUACGAAAUCCCUGUCCCUCAAACCCGUGAUGGAUCUCUGAAGACAGCUAGACUCAUUGAAACUCCUGCCACGGCUUCCGCAGAGUCGACCAAGUCCAGCAAGGCUAGGGUUUGCAGGAAAUAAUGUUCUCUUGAAGUUUUGAGCUUGCAGAAGAAGGCUCCUGAAACCACGGCCAAUGUCAUUGCCGUCGUCAUCCCCAGCAGGUCUGAAGCAUCAGCGAAAGCUAAGGUUUGCCGAACUUCAGCCAAGCCUGUCUAUAAAUCAGAGCUCAGAAGCAGUCUGGUAGUGCUGAUGGCUCGAAGAAAGGGGCUAGACCUGUUCCAGAUCCGACUAACACUUCCACUAAAUCUUCCAAAUCAAGCAAGGCUAAGGUUUGCCAAACUUCAAGCCAAGCCUGUUUAAAAAUCAGAACUUCCAGAAGCAGUCCGGUAGUGCUGAUGGCUCGAAGAAAGGGGCUAGACCUGUUCCAGAUCCCACCAACACUUCCACCAAAUCUUCCAAGGCUAAGGUUUUUCGAACUUCAGCCUAUCCUGUUUUGAAACGAGGUUUUCAGAAAAAAGGUAGUGCUGAUCUUAGCCGCGAGGGGUCGAUAAAAACGGCUAGAGUUACUCCAAACGCCACUUCCAACAAGUCUCAAAGAUCUUGCAAGGUUCCCCGAACACCAGAAAUCCUCUUGAAGUUGAAACUUCAGAGUUCGAAGCGCGAGAGUCGGACCUCUUCUUCCAAUAACGCUUCCGAUCCGAGCUCCGUCGAGACUAACACCUCUAAAAAAUCGCUGAAAUCGUUCCUCAAGUCUAAGGUUUGGUCGGGGCUUUUCAAAUUGUUUCAAAAGUCAAUUUUUAGAAAACGACUCACAGUAGGGAGCCUUCCACAGCCAAUACUUCGACCAACUCUUCGAGGACUUAUUCCACGGCUAAGGCUUGAAAAAAUGCUUGGUACUUGUGAAAUGUUCUUUUUAGACUUGUAGAACCUCAAGUGGCUACUCUACACGUUCCGAGAAGUCCAGGGUUGGUUAAAUAUCCAUUUUUUUAAUAUUUAAUUAUUUUCAGCGGUCCAAGGAGCCUACAGAUGCUAGACUGAAUGCGGGGGUUUGAAAAAAAUAAAAAUUUUUUUAGCUAUUUGAUUAUUUUUUUCAGAGGGAUAUGAGUUCAUCCAGCUCGACUGAGGUAAAAUCCUCUUUUUAAAAAAAUAUAAAAAAAUUUUUUUCAGAGCUCUCAAACCCCGAGUGGCUAUGGAACAGCGUCUGCUGGGAGUGUAGUUUCAGAAUUUUCAAGCCUUUUUUGAAUUUUCUCUUUUUCAGAGGACCCGUAGCAUCAGUAGUAAUGGGAGGACGACCACGUCUUCAAACUUGGUAGAAAAGAUUUUUCUCGGCAAAUAAAUAAUUUUUUGUGUUCUAGUCUACCCAAACCCGACCUUCUAGAGAUCGUCAAAGAAGGGAAAAUGUCAAUGCUCAGAGAAGAAGUGGCCUUUCUCCACGAUUUGAAUAAUAUUGAGAAACUAAAUUCCAGGUUCUAGCGCCAAUGGGAUCGUCGUCAGUCCAACCAAUGUGUCUUUUUUCUAUUUUUCUCUCGAAAUUUGAAUAUUUAGAUGGCUCCAAUGGCCGAUAGAAGUGUAUCCAGACGUUAUGAAGAGCUUUUUGAACGUGAAAAACGUGACACGACCCCUGACCGGGAAUGGAACACUCUUUUUCCGGAAGGUCGACUAGUGGUAGGGAUUUUUUCCUUUUUUUGAAAAGUUCAAGCUUGGAAUUUUUAGGUCUACACGGACGCUUCGUUUUGCGGAGGCCGGGGCGGCAUCGGAAUCUUCCACGGGCCUGGACAUCCGUUGAAUAGGUAAAAGGACGAUUAUUUUACCUUUAAAGGUAUAAUAAAUGUUCAAAAAAAUAUUAUUACGUUAAACGCGGCGUGUGCCAGAGCGCCGCAGUGUAUGCACAGGACACACUACACUUUACGGAAAAUAUGUCAUCGCCAAAAAAACGCCGUGACUUACCACUACUUUUUGAACACUUCAAAUCGCCUAAAAUUCAGUAACUUGAAAAAAUUUUGAAUUUCAAAAAUACUGAGACAAGUUCCAACUCAUUGAAAGGAAGAACGUAAACAUGAAAAAAAAAAUUUAUUUUUUCGAUUUUUUGCGUUUUUUUUUACGUUCUAGGUAUGAUAGAUGUAAAAAAAUGGAAUAAGUAAUCAAAAAUGUCUUUUUCACUUUUUUUAUUCCUUUUUUUAACACUUCAAAUCGCCUAAAAAUUCAAUAAUUAAAAAAAGUUUGAAUAUGAAAAAAAUAAUGAAAAAUGAACUUAGGAUCUUUCUAAAUUGUUCUCCGAUUUUUUUAAUUUUUUUCUUCUGUCAUUCUAUGUUUUCCCAACUUGAGAGCUGUUAAUCAUGAUGAAAUCAAGGGAUCCUUUUUUUUUAAAUUUAGGCUGGUUUUGGCGUAAAAUUGAAUUAAAAUUUGCUUCUUAAGUAGGAAUUUUGUGCGAUUUCAAGUGGAAUUUGAAAUAAAUCAUUAGAAAUUGCCAGUUUUAUUGUCUUUUUGAUGCUUGCAAGCCUUAAAAAAGUUCAAAUUCAGGUCUCACCGGGUUCACGGCGCCAAUGACAAUCAUAUUGUCGAAAUAACUGCUGUGAAAGUCGCCCUGGAGAACAUACUCGACUCGCCAGAGUAUAAGUUUCCUUCAUCUUCAAAGAUUUCCUUCAAAGAUUUUUUAAGGAACAUGCCGGUUACUCUCCGAACAGACUACCUGAUCAUUGUCCAAGUGAUUCAGAGCGGUCCUCGGUUUAUGUAAGCCGAAAAAAGUUGUAUUUACAAGAAGAGAAUUUUUAGUUAUUUGGCUGAGAAACAAGAGAUCAUCGACCUGGCCAAGCAGUUUCCCGAUAUUCGAUUUGAACACGUCUACGCCCAUGAAGAAGACCCGGGGAAUGAAAUGGUAUAUUAAAAGCUUUAGUGGCCACUUAAAAGGUUCCUCAGAACUUCUUAGAGAGGACACUAAGGUGGCCACUAAAACCACCUAUGUAGUGGCCACUUGAGAGGUUCCUCAGGGACUACUUGGAGAGGACACUAAGGUGGCCACUUGAGAGGUCCUUCAAGAAUAAUUGGACCUAAAGUGACCAAAAAAAACACAUCUACAGAGGCCACUAUUUUCCGUCUCAGUGGCCACUACAGUACUUUGAGUUAAAAAAUUGGUAGACAAACAUAAUCAUUUGUGAGUUAAAAUAAAGUUGAUUGAACCCGUUAGAUCUUUUUCGACCCCUAAAGUGUCCCCUAGAGUUUUCAGCUGUCUAGUUGUACCACUUGGACUUUUCCUUCUAAAAGGCCACUUAAGUGACCAAUGAUUCGACUACUGUAGUGGCCGCUAAAACAGCAAAACCCUGAAGUGGUCACUAAGAGUUUACCAGUGUUCAUGUUUAUCAAACGCAGCAUGAUGCCGUGUUCAAAGUAAUUUCCGCAAAAUGCAAAAUACCCGUUAGAGAAAGGAAAAGAUCCCUAAAUUUUGGAGAGUCAGAGAUCAUUUUGCAUUUCGCGGAAAUUACUUUGAACACGGUAUGAGGAAAAAUACCGUAAACAGAGCUUUUUCGCUUCGAGACGUCUAAAAAUCUGAAGAAAGAGGUCUCAAAGCGAAAUUUUCACUGAAAUUCAUACGGUUUUCAUUUUGGCGAAUAAAAAUGACUAGUUGGCACGGAAAUUGACCUCAAUUAUGAGCAUUUCAGGCGGAUUUGCUGGCCGGUACCGCAACUGGACGACCACAUUCUGUUGGUAGAUCUUCUAGCAAUCCUACUCGAGGUUUUCUUCUCAAGAAGUUUUCCAUGAUUAACUCGUUUUAAACAGCUCGAAACCGUGAGAGAUCCCGCUCCAAUGAUCCCCAACACAUUCGCUCUCACAGUGCUGAUGCUGGUUACAGAAGAUCAUAGGUUUGAGAAGCCGUUUUAUAAUAAUAUCAAGGUUUUAUUUCAGAUUGACAACUUCAACUGAAUCACAAGAUCCCUUACUCACUGGAUUGAAUAAAUAUUGA